AUGUUACUGCCCCAUAAAAAAUAUAAAAAGCAAAAUAAAGAUAGGCCAGUUUUAAAAUCAUAUUUUAAACAAAAAAAGACUGUUAAGUAUGACUUUAAUAUAGACAUGUCAGUUAUUAAGACGCCCACAGAUUUAUAUUGGAAUAAACUAGCAGAUAAAAUGAAAAUAGACGUAAAUUCGUGUUACACUGGAUUUAUUAAAAAAUAUUUUAAACAAUUUAACUUUUUAUGGACUGAUGAAACUGACACUAGACUUUUAAAUCUAAUUGAUCAAAAUUUGUCAUGGCACGCUAUUGGAUUUGUACUUAAUGUUAAUCCUCUUGAUUGUAUUAGGCGAUAUUACCGAUUAACUAAUAAAAAAACGUAUUGGUCGGAAGACGAAGAUAGAAAGUUGUUAGAAUUGGUAGAUAAAUUUUCACACAGAUGGGUACAAAUCUCUACAUUUUUUAGUGAUAAAUCAAGAGCUCAGUGUUUACAAAGAUAUAAAAAAUUGAGUGAAGGAAUUAAAAAAGGAAAAUGGUCUGCAGAUGAAGACAAGCUAUUAAAAAGUGCUGUAGAAAAAUACAUAGAUAGAGGAUGGAAGUAUAUAUCACAAUUUUUACCUGCAAGAAGUGAUUCUCAGUGUAGAGAGAGAUGGGUUAAUUCUUUAAAUCCUAGCCUUAAAAAAGGGAAGUGGAGUAAAGAAGAAGAUGAAUUGUUGUUAAGUCUAAUAGGACAGCCAUGGUUAGAUAUUUGUAAAAAAAUAGAAGGAAGAACAGCUAAGCAGUGUAGAAAAAGGUAUCUUAAAUUAAUAAAAAAGACUUAG